GCAUAUCGUUGGUUGAGGAGAACCGCUCAUUCAUGUCCGCCGCGCUCAAAUCUUUUGGCUGCAAAAUGCUGCAAACCUCCGCGUUAGGUAUUGAUCCUGCUCGACCUUUGCAAAACCCUCUCUGUUGCGUUGCGGUUGUGCAAUGUCACUCGCUGUGGCCCUUUGGGUGAUACUUGUCGCCGUGAUCACUGCGCUUGUCGUUGUCUUCCUGGUCUCUGGGAAGAUGGCCAUAGCAGCACCCAAGCGCACGCAGAAGCUAGGAGAUCCCACUUACAACAUCAAGUCGAUGUCCACGCCCGUGGCCACCGGAACUCUGUUGCGACUUUUAGCCUGGAUUUUGGCUGACAGUCCUCUGGGGCCUUUGAUCCGAAGAGUCCUGCUGAACGAUGAGAACAAUGGAUCCGCAUUGCUGCAAGACUUGGCCCUACAAGCCUGCGAUUCCCCGGGACACUUUGCAUUGUACCACCCCAUGCAGCGCCUGAGCAACGAGGAGCGGGCAAGGCAUGUGGAGGCUGCAAAGGUGGUGGAUCUCCAGAAGGUGCUCCAGAGCGGCUUUGCCACCGCAGCGGUGCCAGGCCCCUAUCUCUCGGUUGAAGAUUAUGCCCGAGCCUAUCGCACGCAAAAGUGGACGCCCACGCAAGCGUUGGAGCGUUUGCUGCAGAGCAUCAAGGAGCUUCAGCCCAAGUUCAAGCCCUUCGUGGCGGUCCAUGAGGAGGACGCGCGCGCGCAGGCCAAGGAGUCCGAGCGUCGGCUCCGGGCCAAGGAGCCGCGCAGCCUCUUCGAAGGUGUUCCCGUCGCCAUCAAGGACAUGAUCCGAGUGAAAGGCUACCGCAUGACCGAAGGCUCUGUUUGGCCGGCGGGUGACGACCACAAUGUCCCUGCUGAAAAGGACAACAACAUCGUGCGGCUCUUCCGCGAGGCGGGCGCCGUGAUCGUGGGCACCACCGCCAUGACGGAGUUCGGUGUCACGCCCCUGGGGUAUUCAGCACAUCACCAGGGGCCCUUCAAUGCCUACAACGCCAAGCACUACUCGCUGGGCUCCUCCAGUGGAUCUGCCGCAGCUGUCGCUUUGGGUCUGGUCCCCGUGGCUUAUGGAGCAGAUGCUGGGGGGUCCAUCCGGCUUCCGGCGGCGGCACAAGGUGUUUUUGGGCUAGCGACCACCUACGGGCGAGUGGCGGAUGACAGCCCCCAUGUGACACAUGGAAGCAUGCAGAAGUCGGGACCUAUCACAGCCACUGCCCGCGACGCAGCACUGGCCUAUGCUGUGAUGGGGCAGGAGGUGCCGGGGCAUUUCUACUCUCAGCUCUAUGGAGAUCCAGGUCUCCCACCACUGCACCUCAAGGACUUCUCCGAGACGCGUUCGCUGCGGGGUGUGCGGCUGGGUAUCUUCUGGGACUACUUCAACGAUGCAGAGGUGCCUAUCCUGCAGAGCUGUCGCAAGGCGGUGGAGGCGUUGGAGGCGUUGGGCGCAGAAGUGGUGCCCAUCGCCAUUCCGCAUCUAAGGAGUUUGCAGGUGGCUCAUGGCUUUGUGGUAUCCGUGGAGAUCACUCAGAUUUUAGGAGACCUCCUGUACAACAAGCACCAGCUGGAGCCCUCAACUCGGAUUCAGCUGGCGCUGGGCACCUCUAUGGCUGGACCCGAGAUCCAAGCAGGGAACAUCCUGCGGGGCUGGGCGCUGCAGUACCUCCGCCAGGAGAUCUUCAAGAAGAUGAAGAUCUCCGCCAUCAUUACACCAACCUUGGCCAUGACUCCGCCCGCCAUCCCAAAGGAUGCCUUCUUGACCGGUGAAAGUAAUACCACCUUACUUAUACAACUCAUGAAGUACAUCUUCCUGGGCAACCUUUGUGGCUUCCCAGGUCUCAGCAUUCCGGUGGGCUAUGACGACACCACUGGCAUCCCCAUCGGCCUCCAUGCCUGUGCAGACCACUGGGAUGAGGCGGUUCUGCUCCGCCUGGGCGAAGUUUUGGAAGGCGCCCUGGACCAGCGGAAGACGCCGCCCAGCUUCGUAGACCUCCUCGGGAAGAGCUGAGUCAGACCGGAGUUGAGUGUGGUUUUGAAGUGACACCUGUGACAGGUGGAGCAGAAGAGAAGAGGGCAAAUUGAAUCCGUGAGCUCCGGAAGCAUUUCUGGAGGAGGAUUUCUUUUGAGCAGAAGAUUAGCUGCGUAGGGGAGGUCCCAGAGAUGUUUUACAGAGAUCUUGCUGGGGUUCACAUCAGUCAGUUUCAGAUGCUCUUUGUGCUCGGUUUCAUACAGACCUCGGCCACUGGCGCCGCUUCUUACUCCGGAUGGCGAUGAGAAAGAAGAUGCUUGUCGACACGGUAACCAG